AUGGUCUGGUCCUCGCGCUCUCUCCGGGUCAUCGCCCGAAAUCUCCGAACUCAGCCUCGCUAUGAACAUGUCGCAAGAGAGAGUGGUGAGGAUAACACCUUCAGACCGGCAGGCCUGGCAACACCGCGCCAGCUGGCCCAAUACCUCGACGAGUUCGUGAUCGGCCAGGAGAACGCCAAGAAGGUUCUCUCUGUAGCUGUAUUUAACCACUAUAACAGAGUACAGGCAAAUCUUGCGUCCACACAAGCAGAUGACGAAGCAGACUGGGCGACCUCGGGACCCCAGGACGCUGCCCGCCCAGACGUGUCCUCAGCUCGCAUACACCCUCACCCUCAUCGUUCUCUCUCGCCGCUCUCCUCAUUAUACCCCCGCCAAUCGAUUCCUCUAUUCGAGAAGAGCAAUGUAUUAGUAAUAGGGCCAACGGGCUCUGGCAAGACACUGCUUGCACGCACGCUAGCUCGCGUGUUGGAUGUACCAUUUUCAGUUAGCGAUGCCACCUCUUUCACACAAGCUGGCUAUGUCGGUGAAGACGUGGACGCAGCGAUUCAACGACUGCUUCAAGCAGCAAAUUACGAUCCUAACAGGGCCAGCAUGGGUAUUGUCUACAUCGACGAAGUUGACAAGAUUGCCCGGAAGUCUGGCGGUACCGGCAUUGAGGGCUCCCGGGAUGUGGGCGGAGAAGGUGUACAGCAAGCACUUCUUCGCAUGAUGGAAGGCUCUGUUGUUACGGUGCAGGGUAAGGCGCCUGGAGCAAUGGACGCGAUGCCAACAGGUCCCGAGAGUAGAACACGACCGGGUCAACGACCUCAGCCCAUGCCGCAGCGCCCAGAAUCAUACAACAUCGAUACCUCAAACGUACUGUUCAUCCUUAGUGGUGCGUUUGUUGGUCUGGACAACGUAGUGAAACGACGCGUCGCCAAAGGGUCCAUUGGCUUCACCGCCAAUCUUGUUCCCCAAGAGGAUGAAGCCCGAGUCCCAGGAUCGAUGCCGUUCUUUACACCAAAUAAGACAGGUGGUCAACAAAACUACCUAGACUUGAUAGAACCCUCCGACCUUGUGAAAUAUGGAUUUAUCCCAGAAUUUAUCUCUCGCCUUCCCUCCAUGACUACCCUCUCCCCUCUCUCCGUCUCUGAUCUCCGAAAAAUCCUCACUGAAGUUCGCGGAUCACUUGUCUCCCAAUAUGUCGCUCUCUUUGGCUAUUCAGGAGUAGAGCUGCGGUUCACGAGCUCUGCUCUGAACGAGAUUUGUCGCAUGGCAGCGGAGAGGGGUGGUGGCGCGAGAGGACUGAGAGGUAUCAUGGAACGAUUGCUCUUGGAACCUAUGUAUGAAGUACCAGGAUCGAACGUCAAACACGUUCUCAUUAAUGCAGAUGUUGUCAAAGGCAAGCAAUCAGCGUUAUACUGGAGCCGGGGAGAGGGUGCCACUUUUUGGGCGGCAUGGGCAGAGGAAGAAUCUCGGGAGACAGAGCCUGAGUCCCUUUAACGUUUCGACUUUUGGCGGCACAUCAUCUGUAUCAUAGAACAUUAUUCUACUUUCGCUCAGGGACAAUAGCUUUCUCCAAGACCAGCAAGUUACAGAUAAGAGCGACGCAUUCAGAACACAGAAACUCUCACUCUUUGGGUAUUGAAUAGAGGAUGAGCAUGACCAGAACACUAACGGAUAAUACAGCUGAAGGGAUCAAACCUGUCAAAUGAUGUGUAAAUCUACAACAAGAGCUUCUUAUCAUUGCUUUGACGAAGGAAGUGGAUGGUAGGUGAUGUUGUACACUAUCCGGGGAGGAUAGUCAAGAGGUGUCGCAAGACUGAAGUCGAGAAAGAAGAAAAGGCCAGAGAACAAGGAGCAGUUUACUCCUUGGGUUCUUCGGCAGCUUCCUCCUUAGCCUCUUCCUUGGCCUCCUCUGCAGCCUCCUCCUUAGCCUCUUCUUCCUUCGUCUCUUCCUCGGCACCUUCGGGCUUCUCUUCUACGACUGGUGCUUCAGCGGCCGGAGUCUCCUCAGUAGGACCCGAAUUUUCCUUCUGUGCCUUCUCAAAGGCAAUCUUGAAGUCUUUGGCGU